UAUCCACAUCAUAAUCUCAUCUCCUCUCUCUCCACUCCUAGAAAUUUCCACGCUCUUAUUUUCCCGGAAAAUGAAAUUUUCUCGUUAGAUUUUCCUUUUCCCCAAUUCACAGUUCCGUGGGACGAAAAAAAAUAAAAUAUCCAAAACAUUUUCCAUGGCUCUUCUAAUCCACUCCCUGGAAAUGUCCGUUGCCCCCCAAAUUUCUCAAAACCCUAACCCUAAGCUGAGCAAACUCCACAGCUUCAAACCCUACCCCAAGGGCAAAGCGAUUGGGUCAACGCGCGGUGUGAGAAUUUCCUGCAAGGUGAAAGAUUGUGUGGUUUUGGAUGAGAACGUGAAUUCGUACGGUCAAUUUUCGGUUCCGGUGAAGCAAGGGUCGAAGCAGAGCAAAGAGGAGGAGGAAGAGAAGCAGAAUUACUAUGUGAAUGUGGGAUAUGCUAUCCGAACUCUGAGGGAGGAAUUCCCUGAUCUUUUCUACAAGGAACUUAGCUUUGACAUCUACAGGGAUGAUAUUGUGUUCAAGGAUCCUAUGAACACAUUCAUUGGUAUUGAGAAUUACAAAUCUAUCUUCUGGGCACUACGAUUUCAUGGCAUGAUGUUUUUCAAAGCUCUGUGGGUGGAAAUAAGUAGUGUAUGGCAGCCUGUUGAGAAUGUCAUUAUGGUUCGCUGGACUGUUCACGGGAUCCCACGAGUUCUAUGGGAAAGUCGUGGUAGGUUUGAUGGAACCUCUGAGUAUAAACUUGACAAGCAAGGCAAGAUUUUUGAGCACCGGGUUGACAACAUUGCUAUGAAUUCACCUCCUCGGUUCAAAGUGUUGGGUGUGGAAGAAUUAAUUCGAUCUAUUGGCUGCCCCUCAAUUGCAAGACCAACCUAUUUUGAAAUUUCUUCACCUCCCAAGAGAACGUAGUGUUGUUCAGGUUCUUCAAAAAAGUUUUGGUGUAAAUUGUGGUAAGCAAAACAUGAAGCUAGAUAUAUUUAUCUUGAUUAUCACAUAAAGCUGUGAGAAAAUGGUCUUUUGCCAUAGACUUGGCUAUAUGGUUCUAUUGGCACCAGUUAUAGGGUCAGUGUUGGCUAUUGUGACUAGUUGAGUUUUAGCCUUGUAUAUAAUGCAAUUGCUACUUAUGGCUUACGUCUUACUUCAUCUAUAGAUUCAUAUAAGGAACUUGUGUACUGGUGCCCUAUUCAUAUGCAUUUUAAUCCAUGUUUCUCACAUCUCUCCCUAUUUGACAUUCAACUAAACAUCAGAAGUUAGAUUUGA